GGAAACUGGGCCAUAAUGUUGUUAUUGAGCAUGCAUAAUGACAGUACACUGUAAGUAUUAAUGUCUAUGUCUUCUCUUCUUUCCUGGUGUAGCUGGCGUGCUGCUGUGGCUCGGCAGCCUGCUCCUGUUGCUGUGGCUGCUGUCCUAAGAUCAAGCAGUCCACAUCAACACGCUUCAUGUAUGUCCUCUACUUCCUCCUGGUCACCAUUGUCUGUGUCGUCAUGAUGUCACCUACUGUGGAGCAGGAGAUGAGGGACCAUGUGAGUACACACACGUGCACAUUUAGACACACAUGUACGUGCACACACACACACACACACAUACUCACACACUUUCCUCUACAUGCAUACAUGCACACACACACAAGGAACAUGCACGCACACAUACACACAUGCUCACACGCACAUAGGGGCCUACAUGUCUGGUCUUGUCUCGUAUCCUGCCUUGAUGUUGGUUAAUACAUGGAGAUCCAGUAGAGCUCUAGAAUAGUUUUGGAAGCUCUAAACUCUGCAUAAACCCUGUAAUAAAGCCUUCCCUGGCACAGCAGAGUGGAGCAGAGCUAUGGAAAACACUGCUGGUGUGAUUUCCUGUGUGUGUAAUUGUAUGGUAGUUAGGAUGACCUAGUUUAGUGCAGGUUGCCACGGGGGCUAACACAGACAUUAACUCCAGGUGGUGAGGGUAGACAACGACACAUCCGCCACGCUGACCCUCAACACGGGGGCCACUCAGGGGUGUGUGCUUAGUCCCCUCCUGUACUCCCUUUUCACCCACGACUGCGUGGCCGCGCACAACUCCAACACCAUCAUUAAGUUUGCCGACGACACAACGGUGGUAAGCCUGAUCACCAACAACAACCUCUCCCUCAACGUCAGUAAGACAAAGGAGCUGAUCGUGGACUACAGGAAACGAAGGGCCAAGCACACCCCCAUCCACAUCGACGGGGCUGUAGUGGAGCGGACGAGAGCUUCGAGUUCCGCGGUGUCCACAUCACUAAGGAUCUAUCAUGGUCCAAACACACCAACACAGUCGUGAAGAGGGCACGACAACGCCUCUUCCCCCUCAGGAGGCUGAAAAGAUUUUGCAUGGGCCCUCAGAUCCUCAAAAAGUUCUACAGCUGCAGCAUCAAGAACAUCUUGACUGGCUGCAUCACCACUUGGUAUGACAACUGCUUGGCAUCCGACUGCAAGGCGCUACAGAGGGUAGUGCGUAGGGCUGUUGCGUGACCGUAUUACCACCACGCCGGCAGUCAUUCUCCUCUUAUGCUCUCUGGACGUGUUAGUACUACCCAACUCACUAAUGAUCAUCAGGUUGCUAAUGGCCUGGUACUCAGGGCUCUACUGUUCCUUUAACCACUCUGACAUCAAUGCAAAUGCAAUCGAAAAUCACAUCAAACACUUAUCUUCAAAACAGUAUGUGCUUUUAAAACUCACCUCACUGUGAUUGAUCAGUUUGAAGAAAGAAGUUCAACAACAGGUUGAAACUGAGUGGAAAACAUGGUCCUUGUGGAUGUUGUGGACAGUGCUUUCUAAGGUGAUGGUUAAUUCAGAACACACAUAUGUAUAUUAGAGCUUAUGCAUACGCAUAGGUCUACAGUUGAAGUCGGAAGUUUACAUACACUUAGGUUGGAGUAAUUAAAACUCAUUUUUCAACCACUCCACAAAUGUCUUGUUAGCAAACUAUAGUUUGGCAUGACACAAGUAAGUUUUCCAACAAUUGGUUUACAGACAGAUUAUUUCACUUAUAAUUCACUGUAUCACAAUUCCAGUGGGUCAGAAGUUUACAUACACUAAGUUGACUGUGCCUUUAAACAGCUUGGACAUUUCCUGAAAAUGAUGGCAUGGCUUUAGAAGCUUCUGAUAGGCUAAUUGACAUUAUUUGAGUCAAUUGGAGGUGUACCUGUGGAUGUAUUUCAAGGCCUACCUUCAAACUCAGUGCCUCUUUGCUUGACAUCAUGGGAAAAUCAAAAGAAAUCAGCCAAGACCUCAGAAAAAAAAUUGGUUCAUCCUUGGGAGCAAUUUCCAAACGCCUGAAGGUACCACGUUCAUCUGCACAAACAAUAGUACGCAAGUAUAAACACCAUGGGACCACGCAGCCGUCAUACCGCUCAGGAAGGAGACGUGUUCUGUCUCCUAGAGAUGAACGUACUUUGGUGCGAAAAAUGCUAAUCAAUCCCAGAACAACAGCAAAGACCUUGUGAAGAUGCUGGAGGAAACAGGUACAAAAGUAUCUAUAUCCACAGUAAAAACGAGUCCUAUAUCAACAUAACCAAAAAGGCCGCUCAGCAAGGAAGAAGCCACUGCUCAAAACCGCCAUACAAUAGCCAGACUACGGUUUGCAACUGCACAUGGGGACAAAGAUCGUACUUUUUGAAGAAAUGUCCUCUGGUCUGAUUAAACAAAAAUAGAACUGCUUGGCCAUAAUGACUAUCGUUAUGUUUGGAGGAAAAAGGGGGUUGCUUGCAAGCCGAAGAACACCAUCCCAACAGUGAAGCCCGGGGGUGGCAGCAUCAUGCUGUGGGGGUGCUUUGCUGCAAGAGGGACUGGUGCACUUCACAAAAUAGAUGGCAUCAUGAGGAAGGAAAAUUAUGUGAAUAUAUUGAAGCAACAUCUCAAGACAUCAGUCAGGAAGUUAAAGCUUGGUCGCAAAUGGGUCUUCCAAAUUGAGAAUGACCCCAAGCAUACUUCUAAAGUUGUGGCAAAAUGGCUUAAGGACAACAAAGUCAAGGUAUUGGAGUGGCCAUCACAAAGCCCUGACCUCAAUCCUGUAGAACAUUUGUGGGCAGAACUGAAAAAGUGUGUGCAAGCAAGGAGGCCUACAAACCUGACUCAGUUACACCAGCUCUGUCAGGAGGAAUGGGCCAAAAUUCACCCAACUUAUUGUGGGAAGCUUGUGGAAGGCUACCCGAAACGUUUGACCCAAGUUAAACAAUUUAAAGGCAAUGCUACCAAAUACUAAUUGAGUGUAUGUAAACUUCUGACCCACUGGGAAUGUGAUGAAAUAAAUAAAUAAAUAAAUCAUUCUCUCUAGUAUUAUUCUGACAUUUCACAUUCUUAAAAUAAAGUGGUGAUCCUAACUGACCUAAGACAGGAAUUGUGAAAAACUGAGUUUAAAUGUAUUUGGCUAAGGUGUAUGUAAACCUCCGACUUCAACUGUAUAUAUGAACUCAAGCCUGAAAGAAACCCUGAAUUAAAAUAGUGAUUGUGCUGUUAUACAAUACAUAACCUACCGCAUAUUACACAUGGCAGAAAAACAUACAAAAAAUACAGAUUUAAUAUACAUCAUUGGUCUAGCUGAAAUUUAACAAAUCCAGAGUUAGCCUACAAUUAUAGUGACUUUGAAAGUGGCCUCCAUUCGCAAUUCGAGUGCAUAUGGAUGACAUGUCUUUUUCCUCUUGCCCCUGUUCCUGCCCAUUUGAUAAUGUGCCAUUGUAAAUUGAAACUAAUUUUACAUAUUAGUAAAGACAAUAUUACAUUGAGAAUAGUUUGAUGGGUGAAAAUAUGAUCACUUGAUAAGAGAACAGCGUGUGCAGCCUGAGGCAGGGAACAGAGUGCAAGCUUCUUUUUGCAACAUUCUUAAAUCAUCAAUACCCUAUAGUCGCAUCAUGCAGCCCAUAUAUCUUUUGAUUUCUAAGGCAUUCUAUGGUUUGUAUCAUUCACAUCUAAAGUUGCCAAAUAACUCUAAAUCUAGCAUAUACCCCCAAGACAUGCUAACCUCUCACCAUUACAAUAACAGGGGAGUUUAGCAUAUUUGUGGGGUAUGGUAUUUGUGCAUCUGUAACUUUCUCACUCAUCAUAAUUCACGAUUCAUUCAGGAUUAUCUGUAAUCAUGGUAGCAUCCACAUUAAUGUAGACGUGUUUAGAAACAUAUUCUAUUCUUAUUUACAAUAAAAGUGACAAAAUUACACAAUACACAAUUACCAUUCAUUUCUAUUGGGCACAAAAUAAUCUGUAACACAACCAAAACAAACAGCAAGUGUGUCCAACAAGUUGUGGAGUCACAAGCUUGAUGUAAUCAUUGUGUGCUAGGAAUACGGGACCAAAUACUAAACCUUUGACUAAUUUAAUACACAUAUAAGUGAAUUUGUCCCAAUACCUGUUUUUCUAAAUGGUUGACCCGAUGUGGAUGUAAAUGUAAAGCUGAUAGUCUGCUCUUUAGCCUCAUAGUCAUUGUAUCAUUUCAAAUCCAAAAUGUUGGUGUACAGAGCCAAAACAACAAAACAUCUGUCACUGUCCCAAUGCUUUUGUAGCUCACUGUAUUUAUCAGACUGUUACUAUCCUACUGGGCACACACUGGUUGAAUCAACGUUGUUUCCAUGUCAUUUCAAUGAAAUUACUUUGAACCAACGUGGAAUAGACGUUGAAUUGGCAUCUGUGCCCAGUGGGAUGGCACUGACUGUGACUACUCUACCACUGAAAGAGCUGUCAAAGACUCUCCCGCUCUCUCUGUAUAGAGCAGACUGACUGCUGUUUAGCUCCAUAUGAAACAGACAUUCUGUAAAAGGACCAUCCAGGCGCAAAAUGGCUACCGUUAGACACACAUGAUGAACACUAACACCAGUGCAGUGGACACACACACAGCGCAGUGGGCAGUCUAAAAGCUGAGGGCGUGGUCAUUGUGUAUGUGUGUGAGAGAGCGUUGGUCUUUUGUCAGUAGAUUUACAGCAGUGAGCGUCAGUGCUGUCCUUCUCCUAAUCAAACCUCUAUGGACAUGCUAAUCAGCUCCUUCACGCCACACUACAAGACUACAAAAACAGCCUGUUAUAUUACUGCCAAGCCAACUGCUCUGUAUCCUACUACACUACUUAUAUAGUGGCUGUGGUACUGAACUAUGACAGCUCUAUCCAGUGACUGGCCGACUAUACUACAGCCAUGCUGGGGGUGUCAGACUCAACCAAUAAUCUAGAAAGUGGAACAGUCAGGUGCUCUGAUUGACGUAGACCAAAGGACGUUUUAGGUUUUUGUUUGUUUUCGAUAGAGCAGUACUUAUGUACCAGUAUGCUACUACAGGUGAAAGCUGAUGCAAGGCUCCAGGGCAGCUUUAUAAAGGACAUUCCAAUACACAGCCAGUCUCUCACUGGUUUAGAACACUUUUAUAUAGAGGCUCCCUCCGCCCAGCGUUGAAGCAGCUGUUUUUAUUUCCUAUAGAAAUUACUCAAGUGACUCUUGCUCGGUCUUUCUAACUCUCAUCCACUUUCUAUAGGCAUUCUCUCUCCCUCCCUCUCGGUCCCUUUAUAUAGGCCUACAUCUCUUCCCUCAUUUUCUCUCCUCUCCUCUCUCUCUCUCUCUCUCUCUCUCUCUCUCUCUCUCUCUCUCUCGCUCUCUUUCUUUCUAUACCCCUCUCUUUCUCUCUCUCUCUCUCUCUGUCUCUCUCUCUCUCUCUCUCUCUCUCUCUCUCUCUCUCUCUCUCUCUCUCUCUCUCUCUCUUUCUGUCAUUUGUUCUCUCUGCUGAAAGCAGGCUGGUAAUUUAUUCAUCCCUGUCUUUGUUUGUUGUGGCUGACAGCCUCAGUAACAGGCUGGAGAGAAAGAGAAAGAUGGUUUGAUGGAGAGAAUGAAAGAGGGCUUGGUGGAGAGAAAGAGGGUUUCGUGUCGCUGCCUGUUCCUUUUGCAGCUCGUUUAGAAGUGUGACGCUCAGCAUGGACCCUAUUAACUCUACUCUGACUGAAGACUGUGGGCUCCUCUGUCCUCUGGGGGAACACACACACACACAGACGUGCUGUGAUUUGUACAGAUCCAUUCCUUUUUUAAUUUUAAUAAUGUUUUUUACAUACGAACAACAACUUACAGACGCACACAAACAAUGACUACAUCUCAUCUGCUCACACCCCCAUUCCUAGUGCCUGCAUUAUUGUUUGCCACCUGUACCAAUUUAUUUUUCUGUACAGAUCCAUUCCGCCAUAUCAGUGAUAUUACAGUACCUACAGUGUUAACAUUGCUCCUUGUCUCUCUCUGUCUCUCUGUCUCUGUCUCUGUCUCUGUCUCUGUCUCUCUCUCUCUCUCUCUCUCUCUCUCUCUCUCUCUCUCUCUCUCUCUCUCUCUCUCUCUAUCUCUCUCUCUCUCUCUCUCUCUCUCUCUCUCUCUUUCUCUCGCUGUAUCUCUCUGUCUCUGUGUUUUAGAUCCCAUUCUACAGUGACCUGUGUGAGAAGCUGAAGGCUGGUGAGAACUGCUCUACCUUGGUAGGUUACUCUGCUGUGUACAAGGUCUGCUUCGGCAUGGCCUGCUUCUUCUUCUUCUUCUGUAUCUUCACCCUACGAGUCAACUCUGCCACCGGCUGCCGCGCCGCCAUACACAACGGGUACGUACACUGUCUACAGUAUCGGUGUGUGUGUGUGUGUGAAUCUGUUCAUUAAUCUGUGUGUGUGUAUUGAUGUUUGUCUCUCUCUCUCUCUGACAGGUUUUGGUUCCUGAAGUUCAUUGCGUUGUUGGCCUGCUGUGUUGGAGGAUUCUUCCUGCCACAGCAGGACACCUUUCUGGAAGGUAUGGACCCUUAUGUCCCUGUCCUGUCCCUAGUCUUUAUUCUCUCCAUACAGAGAGACUGCUCUAUCACACUGUGGUGUCUCAUAUAAGCCCCUCUCCCUCAAAUCUCUCUCACCUGUAGAGGUCAGCUUGACUGUCUUUUUAAUGCCUUUCCUAAAUCAGCUUUGAGAGAAGAGAGGGGAAAUAAAGAGAGAGAAAGAGAGGGGAGGGAGUCUGUUAUCUGCUCCCUUCAGAGGAGAGGACUGGUGCAGCUGCAGGCUUUAGUUAUCAUGUGUGUGUGUACAGUGAUAAUCUAGUCCCUGUGGUUGUCUAUGGGAUGACGACAAACAAGGGGUUAUGCAGAAGCCAAGUGUACACACCCCGCAGAACAUAUAAGAGAUUAGACCUUUGAUGGUUAGCUUUGCAAUAUUUGAAAUGUAUGAUCUCUCCCUUUCUUCCUCCCUCCCUCUGUCUCUCUCUCCCCUCUCUUCCCCUCCCUCUGUCUCUUUCUCGUCUUUUCCGCUCUCCCCUCCUCUCUCUCCCCUCCUCUCCAUCUCUCUCUCUCUCUCCCCUCCUCUCCAUCUCUCUCCCUCUCUCUCCUCCCCUCAGUGUGGAGGUAUGUUGGAGCUGUAGGAGGGUUCAUCUUCCUGCUGAUCCAGCUCAUGCUGCUGGUGGAAUUUGCUCACAGAUGGAACACUAACUGGUGAGAAACACAACAACAACACCAAUACUUCUAAUAAAGCCUCUUUGUCCUGCUUACUUUCUUUAUGUCUUCAGCCAAAACAGUCACACAUAAAUACAUAAUUACAUAAUUACAUAGGAUAGACACACAUCCUCCAAGCCUAAAGUACUUCAGUAUUUAUGUUAUAUGGAAGGGAAUAAUGUGAAGGGUUGUUGAGAAGGGAGAGAGGAAAGUGGUAGGCACCUAAGGAGGGAGAAACGGAGGACAGCGGGAGGAAAAGAGGAUGGAUCCCUGUGUGGUGUUGAAGUAGGGAGGACUAGAGAGAGGGAGGAAUGAACCUUAUGUAGGAUUGCUUAUUUUGGAGUAGGGAGAGAGGAAGAGUAUGAAGGAGAGAGAGAGAGAGAGAGAGAGAGGAGGAGAGGAUGCCAGGAUGGACCCCUGUGUAAUGUUAUUUAUACAGGUGAGAGAGAGAGAGAGAGAGAGAGAGAGAGAGAGAGAAACAGAGGGCAAGAGAGAGAGAGAGAAAAACAGGGGAAGAGAGAGAAACAGAGGGAGAGAGAGAGAGAAACAGGGAGAUAGAGAGAGAAACCGAGGGAGAUAAAGAGAGAGAAACAGGGAGAUAGAGAAAGAGAAACAGAGGGAGAUAGAGAGAAACAGAGAGAGAUAGAGAGAAACAGAGGGAGAUAGAGAGAAACAGAGAGAGAGAGCUAUUGUGUCUUGUUGUAUAAAGUACAAGGUAAGGGUUUGUCAGUGUCUAUGUUGCAGACAGGAUGCACAUGACAACAGAGUGUAUACCCACAGUUUCCUCUCCCUCUCUGACACACACGCUCACAAUAGAAAUUAGAGCAGCAGGGGAUCAUUUUAGAGUCUGUUUGUCCAUUUUCACUGACUGGGUAUAUAAGGCAAGAGGUCACUGCAAUUACCCUGGAGCUGUGUGUCUGGGUGUGUAUGUGUAUUUGUGUCACGGUUCAGACAGACGACCAGAGGACCACAAUUGCGUCACACCAGAAAGUUUAUUAAAACUUAAGGGAAAAGGGAAGUAGGGAGUGAAUGAAGGCUCCAGGGGUAACAGGGAUCCCGUCCAAUGUGCUGGGUCUGUGCCCCCCCCAGUGGCAGCGAUGCGUCCUAUGAAGCCGGUGGUGGGUGGUCCAGAAGUCCUGGGGGGGGGAGACACAGACACAACAGGGCGGAAUGAAACAAGGCAGCAGUACAGUUCAAGGGAAAUCCAAAAUACGUAGUAGCAAGGCAGAAGGCUGGUCAGAGUUACCGGGAUUGAAGAGUAGUCAGGAGUCGUUAUGGCAGAAGCAGGUCUGGAUCUCCUGGGGCAGAAGAGUAUCCAAAAAUCAGGCAGGUCCGGGGUCACAAAACCAGGGUGAGCCAGAAGCGCGAGCAAACAGGUUCCGGGUGUGAGCUUUGCAGACGAUCUGACACCGGAGAGCUGAAAGACAGGGCCUUAAAUACUGGGAGAGGUAGUGGGUAAUGCAGCGCAGCUGGCAGAGUAAUUAGAGCAGAGCAGAGCAGGGACAGGUGGAGCUAGUUAGGCUGAGUAGAGAGAGUGGUGAGCAGAGUGGAAGAAAAUUAAGGUGGUAACCCGGUGGAGUGAGAGGCUCAUGACAUAUUUGUAUAUGUGUGUUUGUGUCUGUGUAUCUUAGUGAUAGUUAGUGCUUUUUUAGGUCAGUUUGGUUUCGGUUAAAUUAUAAAAAAAUUGUUACGGUUUUUGAUUUCGGUUUCAAUUAUUUCGGUUGAAUGCUGUAACAACACAGAAUAAAACAAUGAAUAAAAGUCCCAUGAUGUUAGUGACUGCUCGUCAUUGCUUAUCACUUAUUAACCACCAUUUAUUCACAUUUGUUUUAUUUGAUGAUUUUAUUAUUUCAUUCCAAGCCAUCAUCUCAUCUCUAUAUGCUGUCUGACAAAAUCACUAUUUUGUAGAUCUUCAAAUUAAAUAAGGCAUACCUUUAUGACUGCUGAAUACCAACUAUCAAUCACUUAGAUCAUGUAUUUUCGGAUAGAGAUACUCUACAUGACCAAACGUAUGUGGACACCUGCUCGUCGAACAUCUCAUUCCAAAAUCAUGGGCAUUAAUAUGGAGUUGGUCCCCCCUUUGCUGCUAUAACAGCCUCCACUCUUCUCGGAAGGCUUUCCACUAGAUGUUGGAACAUUGCUGCGGGGACUUGCUUCCAUUCAGUCACAAGAGCAUUAGUGACGUCGGGCACUGAUGUUGGGCGAUUAGGCUUGGCUUGCAGUCGGCGUUCCAAUUAAUCCCAAAGGUCUUCGAUGGGGUUGAGGUCAGGGCUCUGUGCAGGCCAGUCAAGUUCUUACACACCGAUCUCGACAAUCCAUUUCUGUAUGGACCUCGCUUUGUGCACAGGGGCAUUGUCAUGUUGAAACAGGAAAGGACCUUCCCCAAACUGUUGCCACAAAGUUGGAAGCACAGAAUCGUCUAGAAUGUCAUUGUAUGCUUUAGCAUUAAGAUUUCCCUUCACUGGAACUAAGGGUCCUAGCCCAAACCAUGAAAAACAGUCACAUACCAUUAUUCCUCCUUCAGCAAACUUUACAGUUGGCACUUUGCAUUCGGGCAGGUAGCGUUCUCCUUGUAUCCGCCAAACCCAGAUUAGUCCGUCGGACUGCCAGAUGGUGAAGCGUGAUUCAUCACUCCAGAGACCACAUUUUCACUGCUCCAGAGUCCAAUGGCGGUGAGCUUUACACCAUUCCAGCCGACGCUUGGCAUUGCACAUGGUGAUCUUAGGCUUGUGUGCGGCUGCUCGGCCAUGGAAAUCCAUUUCAUGAAGCUCCCAACGAACAGUUCUGGUGCUGACAUUGCUUCCAGAUGCAGUUUGGAACUCGGUAGUGAGUGUUGCAACCAAGGACAGACGAUUUUUACGCGCUUCAGCACUCGGCGGUGUGUCCUACCACUUCACGGCUGAGCCGUUGUUCUCCUAGACGUUUCCACUUCACAAUAACAGCACUUACAGUUGACCGAUGCAGCUCUAGCAGGGCAGAAAUUUGACGAACUGACUUGUUGGAAAGGUGGCAUCCAAUGACGGUGCCACGUUGAAAGUCACUGAGCUCUUCAGUAAGGCCAUUCUACUGCCAAUGUUUGUCUAUGGAGAUUGCAUGGCUGUGUGCUCGAUUUUGUACGCCUGUCAGCAACAGGUGUGGCUGAAAUAGCCGAAUCCACUAAUUUGAAGGGGUGUCCACAUACUUUUGUAUAUAUAGUGUAACUCGCGAAGCAAUGGCUGCUCUCUAUAUCCCCUCAUGAUCGCGCAUUCUUCUGCCUCUUCCGUAGCAGGCAUAAAAGAAACACAGACUGGGAAAGUAGAUGCGCAAUGGAUUAUGGUCAUUGUAGUUAAUUACCACGUUUUAUGCGCUGAACUAUGUAGAAUAUUGGCCUGUUGGAAACUACAACUCCCUACUACAUCGCACAGUUCAGGCUGGCUCUGAUUUAUCUCUAGAGAAACUGUGAAAUGUGCGCAUUGAGCUCACAGAAAAGAACCUGAAGAAAAUGGAAUUCAAAUAAUUGAACGGACGUCGGUCAAAUAACCUAAAUUUAGGUUAAUGGCUCAGCACUAGUGCAUCUGUGUAUUUGUAUGUUUGUGUUUGUUUCUGUGUGUCGAUGGGGUUGGGGAGCUCUGGUUGACUUGCCUGAGUAAAAGUACUCUGGAUGUGGAAGAUCUGCCAACAACCCUAAACCUGUCUCCUUGUGAUGAGUGUGAUAAAAGGAGUCAGGCGCAGGAGGGUAAUCACCGAAAUCAGAGUUUAUUCCGUCGUACACAAAUAGCACUGGAUAGUGACACACAGGGGAAACUAUCUACCCUGGCAAUACACGGUACGGGAUACUCCAAUAAUAUACAGGCACAGGGGAUCAGACGAUCACGGAAAAGAGCAGGCACGUACCGCAGCCCAGCUGGACACUGAGGUGGAGAUGGAUCUGUGCGUAAUGCCUGCUCUAUAUCCGUGUCCAUCGCCCAUACUACCACAAUGCAGGAGGCCGGGAGUAUGGGGGUGUUGUCUCUGGGCCUCUCCUCUGUGUUAUACAGCCGGGACAGUGCUUCUGCCUUCACGUUCUUCGUACCCGGAAUGUAUGACAGUGUAAAAUCAAACCGGGUGAAGAAUAGGGCCCACCUGGCCUGGCGAGGAUUCAGCCUCCUCGCUGCCCGGAUGUACUCCAGGUUACGGUGGUCCGUCCAGACGAGGAAAGGGUGUUUCGCCCCUUCGAGCCAAUGCCUCCACACAGUCAAAGCUCGGACAACAGCCAACAGCUCCCGAUCACCAACAUCGUAGUUCUGCUCCGCCGGGCUGAGCUUCUUAGAGAAGAAGGCACAGGGGCGGAGCUUGGGUGGCGUGCCCGAGCGUUGGGAUAGGACAGCGCCUAUCCCUACCUCGGACGCAUACACCUCCACUACGAACGGUAGUGAUAGAUCGGGGUGGGCCAGUACCGGGGCUGAGGUGAACAGACCCCGCAGUCUCCUGAAGGCCAGGUCAGCCUCAGCAGACCAGCGGAGCCGGGAACGCCCACCCUUCAACAGGGAGGUAAUGGGAGCUGUGACCUUGCCAAAGCCCCGGAUAAACCUCAGAUAGUAGUUGGCAAAGCCAAGGAAGCGCUGCACCUCCUUAACCGAGGUUGGAGUCGGCCAAUUACGCACGGCUGAAAUGAAAUCUCCCUCCAUCUCCACACCUGCCAGGGUAGAUAGUUUCCCCUGUGUGUAUCCGAGGAAGGAGACGGACUGCUGGAAAAAUAUACACUUCUCUGCCAUGGCAUAAAGGUCAUUUUCCAACAGUCGGGCCAGCACUUUGCGAACCAGGGACACAUGCUCGGCGCACGUAGCGGAAUACACCAGGAUGUCAUCGACGUAGACCACAACACCGCGACCAAGCAUGGCCCGAAUCACCUCGUUCACAAAGGACUGAAAGACGGAUGGAGCAUUCAUCAAACCGUAGGGCAUCAACAGGUAUUCAUAAUGCCCCGUGGUUGUGCUGAAUGCUGUCUUCCACUCAUCCCCCUCCCGAACACGCACCAGGUUGUAUGCACUCCUGAGAUCUGAUUUGGUGAAGAAGCGCGCCCCAUGCAUUGACUCAAUCACUGAAGGAAUGAGGGGGAGAGGAUAACUAAAUCUUAUAGUCUCCUUGUUCAGUGAUCGAUAAUCAAUGCACGGGCGCAGACCGCCGUCUUUCUUCUUCACAAAGAAGAAACUCGAGGAGGCGGGUGAAGUGGAGGGACAUAUAUACCCCUGGCCCAAGGACUCAGUGACGUAUGUUUCCAUAGCCUCCGUUUCAGCCUGCGACAUGGGGUACACAUGACUCCUGGGAGGUACAGCAUCUACCCGAAGGUUUAUCGCGCAAUCCCCUGCCCGAUGAGUUGGUAAUUUUGUUGCCAUGUGUCUUAGAAAAAGCGUGUGCCAGAUCAUGGUAUUCAGGGGUAAUGCGCACGUUGGAGGUACUGUCUGGACUUUCCACCAUGGUUGCACCAACGGAAACACCUAGACACCUACCCUGACACUCUCGCGACCACCCCGUGAAAACACUCUGCGGCCAUGAGAAGGUGGGGUUGUGGAGUGCUAGCCAAGGGAUAACUAAUACCACAGGGAAAUCAGGAGACUCAAUAAUCGAAAAAGUAACCUGCUCACAAUGAGUCUCCUGGGUGAUCAUGGUGACUGGUACAGUGACUUCCUUUUCAAACCCGGACCUUAAUGGUCGACUAUCAAGUGCUCUGAUGGGGAGUGGAAUGGAUAGGGGAACCAAUGAAAUGCCUUGACGGCGUCAGAAUUCUCUGUCCAUAAAGUUCCCAGCUGCGCCUGAAUCGACUAGUGCCUUACACUGGGGAACUACCAUGUGAUCGGGAAAAUGGAUAUGUAGGGUACAGUGCGCAGCAGAGCGCUUUGAACAUGUGGGUGUUCGAUACCUGGGGUGAUGCGAGAGUGCACUGCCUGCCGCCUCCAGGCCCAAAAGAGCGUUGACUAUGACGUGUGGUGUACUGUCCCUUCGUGCCACCAGAGUGGCACUGUCACUGUCGUCCUCCGCUUUCUCGGACGGCGGCUCCACCCAGCUCUAUCAGCUCGGGAUCCGAGUCGUCCGGGGUGGAAACGGGCAGACCCCUACAACCGCCUAUCCCUACCUCUGGCUGCCAGCAGGUUGUCCAACCGGAUGGCCAUGUCCACCAGUUUCAUGAAAGACAACAUGGCAGGCUAGCUCCCGUCGGAUGUCCUCCCGCAGAUGGCACCGGAAAUGGUCGAUCAGGGCCCGCUCGUUCCACCCGGACCCCGCUGCCAGAGUCCGAAACUCCAACGCGAAGUCCUGCGCGGUCCUCGUCCCCUGCCUCAGGUGGACCAGCCGCUCACCCGCCUCUCGACCCUUCGAUCACCCGCCCGAAAGAGGCGAGCGAACUCCCCGUAGUCCUCCAACGUGGCUCCUCCUUUGUUCCAAACCGCGUUGGCCCACUCCAGGGCUUUCCCCGAGAGGCAGGAAACGAGGACGGACACCUUCUGCCGCUCCGAUGGCGCCGGCCUGAUGCUGGAGAAGUAAAGCUCCAGUUGGAGGAGGAAUCCUUGGCAGAGCGCCGCCGUCCCGUCAAACGCCCGUGGUUGGGAUAUCUGGAUCCCUCCGGGUGCUGGGGUGUAGGUGGCUGGAUCCGGUUGGCCAGCUGGUCUCGCUUCCCCCAAGCUGGCCAGCAUCGUGGAAUGCUCCUGGACCCGUGCCAUGACUCCAGGCAUGCGCUCUUCUCCCGCUGACUCCAUAGCGGGUGGGUGAUUCUGUGAUGAGUGUGAUAGAAGGAGUCAGGCGCAGGAGGGUAAUCACCGAAAUCAGAGUUUAUUACGUCGUACACAAAUAGCGCUGGAUAGCGACACACGGAAACAUGCACAGGGGAAACUAUCUACCUUGGCAAUACACAGUACAAGAUACUCCAAUAAUAUACAGGCACAGGGGACCUAUCUACCCUGGCAAUACAAAGUGCGAGUAGCUCCACCGAGCUACACUACUCUCACAAAUAACAAUCACCCACAAGGACAAGGGGGGCAGAGGGAACACUUAUACACGGACUAAUGAGGGGAUAAGAACCAGGUGUGUGUAAUUAACAAGACAAGACAAAUGGAAUGAUGAUAUAUGGAGCGGUAGUGGCUAGUAAGCCGGUGACGACGAACACCGAAACCUGCCCGAGCAAGGAGGGGAGGCAGCCUCGGCGGAAGUCGUGACACUCCUUGUAUCCUCAGGAAUAAAAUAUAACUAUAUCCCCCUCUUUCUUCCUCCCAUUCUUCCCUCCAUCUCUCUCUUCCUCCUAUCUUUCCCUCCAUCUCUCUCUUCCUCCUAUCUUUCCCUCCAUCUCUCUCUUCCUCCUAUCUUUCCCUCCAUCUCUCUCUUCCUCCCAUCUUUCCCCCAUCUCUCUCUUCCUCCUAUCCUUCCCCCCUCAAUAGGAGUUCAGGUGUGAACAACAACCGUCUGUGGUAUGGAGCGCUGGCCAUGGUCACCUUGGUGCUGUUCAGUGUGGCAGUAGGAGCUGUGGUGUUCAUGGCUCUGUUCUACACACACUCUCAGGCCUGUCUGCUCAACAAGGUGUUCCUGGGGGUCAACGGCAGCCUCUGUCUCAUAGUCACCCUGCUGGCUAUAUCGCCCUUCAUACAGAGAAGUUAGUAUAGGCUAUACACACACUGGAACACACACUGGAACACACACACACACACACAAACAUACACACACACUUUAACACUCCAUCUGUUCUUCUUCCAGUCCAGCCUAAGUCAGGCCUGCUCCAGCCAGGAGUGAUCAGUGUGUACGUCAUGUACCUCACCUUCUCAGCCUUCUCCAGCAAGCCCAAAGAGAGUAAGUAGACUGGAGGCUCAGCCCAUAGAGAUCCAGUGUUUCAUUGCCUAUCUGGUUGACCUAUUAACAGGUUUUAUGUGUUUGCAUUUUGUUAAAUUGCACUUAAAAUUCUAAAGGCACUCGCACAUCUGAGCUAUCUUUCUUGCAGGUGCAUGGUAACAAUUGAAUAACAUGAAAGAAAAGAGAAACCCGCACACUGCUCUUGCUAGUAUCACUGUUCUUUAUUAAGCUUACGUAUCGGCCUCAAGGCCUUCGUCAGAGCUUUUUGUUAAAUUGCACUUAAAAUGCCUCCAUGAAAACUGUAUUCUGGCCGAUGUGCCAUUGCAGCUCUCCAGUACAAACAGACGUAAAUAUUAUCCUCCUCUUAUUCCUGUUCUCUCUCUCUCUCUCCUCUCUCUCUCUCUCUCUCUCUCUCUCUCUCUCUCUCUCUCUCUCUCUCUCUCUCUCUCUCUCUCUCUCUCUCUCUCUCUCUCUCUCUCUGUUUCUGUGUAGUGUUGGAGGUUAAUGGGGUGAAUACGACAGUGUGUGUGUUCCCCUUCAACUCUGGAUCAGAGAGCGACAAGAGGAUUGUAUCAAUAGUGGGAACUGUCAUCAUGUUCGGCUGUGUGCUCUACUCCUGGUAAGACACAGACAUUUAUGUUAUGGCCUGGGCCUGGCACUGAGAGACACACACAGUUAUAUGUUAUGGCCUGGGCCUGGCACUGAGAGAACGAACAGAUAAGGAUGCUCAACCUCUGUGACGCCUGAUCCCAGGUUGAGGGAUAUAAUGAGGCUUAGACCUUGAGUCUUUGGAGAACGUUUCUGUCUACCCCUGUGUGCACACUGUCUGUAAUAAACCUUCAAAAUACCGUCACGGUUCGCCUUAUCCUUUGAAUUCAGCAUUUUCAAAUUAAACUACCUCAAAUUCCCAACAACACACACACACACACACACACACGUGUUGCUUUCACCUAUCCUCGGUUUAUAGAUCAGUGCAGAGAGGAGCGGGGGCUGUGUUCUUUAGACUCUUAAGAUGCUCCCAGUGUAGAGAUAUGUAGCUGCAGUGAAGUAAUGUGUUAUUGGCUUGAGCAGAUGUGAGAGUGUUUUUGAUUGGCUGGAGCUGUUGAGAGGGUGUGUGUGAUUGGCUGGAGCUGUAGUGCGUGUGUCCACAUGUGUUUCACAUUAAGCUCAGACAUAUCUCCUGUGGUCGUCUCUGUAAAAGACUUGAGCUAUUCUCAACCACAAAUUACUGGAAAAAUGUAUUCUGACAUCCCUGUGUGUGUGUUUCAAGUUUCAAGUUUUAUUAGUCAUAUAUACGGGAUACACAUGGUAUACACCGUCCAACGAAAUGCUUACUUGUGUUUGUGUGUGUAGUUUGACGUCCACCACCAGACGAAGCUCUGCAGCACUGCGCGUUUGUAGGAACAGCAUGCCUGAGACUGAGGUAAGAAGACCUACACACACACUCGCACACACACACACACAAACACACACAUCAGCUUAGUGUGUGUGCACGUGUAUGUUUAGUGAAAGGGUGAUGUAUAGUUGAUUGGUUGGUAUAUUCCUGUUGUAGUAACUCACCUCUCUCCUGCAGAGAGCUCGCUGCUGUUUCUGCUUUGGAGAUGACAAGGUAAGACAAAAUUUCUCUCCCUCUCCCCUUUUCCUCGGGCGACCUGCCACAUCAGCCAUUCCGCCCUCGUGCCAAGAUCUCUCUCCUCCUCUGCGCACUCCUCUUUCCCUUCGCUCCCUCCCUCUCUACCUACUCUCUUCUCCUCUCUCUCUCUUCCCUCUCUCCCUCCCUCUUUCCCUAUCUCCCACUGUUCUCUUUCUAUCAUCUCCCAGAGUAUACUGCUGUACUACUGCAACACCAGCAGAAAGAGGCAGUGUUCUUGUACGUUCUCGCAUACACAUAGUAACAGUAAAUAUGUUGGAACACCAUUGGUCAGGAAACAGAGAUGAUGUCACUGUUACCAGGAGGUGACUAUGACUAUGGUUGUGUGGAGAUAGACCAGUCAGAUGGUAGCAGUAGAACUGAGAGAAGGCUGGAGCUGCCCUCUGGUGGGAGAAAGCAGCACUGCAGCCAGGGAAAGAACAGCACAUCAUUUUAUUUAUGAAUUUAUUACACAGAGAAAACUUAUUUUAAAAUAGCAGGUGUACAGUUUAGAACAAUACAAUGGAUUAAAAAAACGUGAGCCCUUCUCAGGAAACCUACACAUUUUUAGGGAGUUUCCUGUCCGGCAAAGGGGAGGGAGAGACAUAUAGAGAGAGUAGAGACCAGGAAAAUGAAAAGAAAACAGGAAUAUAAUAUGGUGAGAGUGUUAUUGGGUAGAACAUGUUCUGUCCAUCAUACAUGUUGUGUUAUGUAUAUAAUGUUGCUGCGAUGAUGUUGUGGUUGUGUUGUGACUAUGAUAUAAGGUUGUAAUAACGUUGCUGUGAUGUUGUGGUUGUGUUGUCCAGAUGACUAUGAUGAGGAGAAGACUGCAGGAGGCCAAAACGUUCUGUAUGAUGAGAGAGAGAAAACCAUCUACAGCUACGCCUACUUCCACUUUGUCUUCUUCCUGGGUUCACUGUAUGUCAUGAUGACCGUCACCAACUGGUUCCAGUAAGUAGCAGAGUUCCUGGGGAAACUUUAAUUAGGUUUCAGAUAGUAGCAGAGUUAGUUACUGGGGAAACUUUAACUAGGUUCCAGUUAGUAGGAGAGUUCCUGGGGAAAUUUUAACUAGGUUCAGUUAGUAGGAGAGAUACUGGGGAAAAUUUAACUAGGUUCCAGUAAGUAGCAGAGUUACUAGGGAAACUUUAACUAGCUUGUGUCUCUGUAGUUAUUUAAUUCAUUUCAAUUCAGCAUAACACUAAGAGUGUGAUAUGUUUGUUUUCUUGUAGCUAUGAAAACCAUAAGAUAGAUAAGCUGCUGGAUGGCAACUGGUCAGUGUUCUGGAUCAAGAUGGCGUCCUGCUGGGUCUGUCUCAUCCUCUACAUGUGGACCCUGGUCGCGCCCAUGGUCUGCCCCAAACGCUUCGAGGCCUAACACACUGAAACACAGCGAAAGACCUUCAGCUUUCUACAUGGGUUUUUUGUGUUGCUUUUAGUGUUUUUUAUUUCCUUAUUUUUUCUUUUUUUUAACCAGUUAUACAUAGUUGAUAUGGUUAAGCUAUUGUUGCCUUGUUACAUGGAGUUUUUUGUUACAUGCAGGGUUGGAAUCACAAACUGACUCUUCGGGGUGCCUAAAACAAUGGGCUGGACCAAUGCUUAUACAGUCAUUUAUGUGGCUUCACAUGGUCAUAGUGGUGCCCUGAUUCUGUUAUGGGAGUGCCUGCCC